AUGGAUGAGGAGUUGAUUGAGAAAAAUGACAGGAAGAUGGAAUGGGAUGGAGAUAGGGCUGGUUUGGGUUUCACGGAAAAGGGGAGGUCUGUUAAUGGUGAGAUCAGAAGCCUCCUCAUUGCUGUCUUCCCCUUCAUAAGAGCCUGGCUCAACAUUAACAACAUUCUCCCCACCUUGGGAACCUUCAGAGUGCACCCUAUGCCUGCUAACCCUCCUGGCCCUGAGCAACCAGAGACACUGAAACGAGAAGCGACUCAGAGCCAGCUGAAUCUGGAGCGCUCUAAGAGCCGGAUGGGGACAUUUGUUGAUGCCGGACCGAUGGCUGAGGCCUCCGCAGAUGAGGGGACAUCCUCAGACAUGCCAGACAUCUUGUCCAGACGAAAGUUCAAGCAGACCCUCCCUGAUCCAGACCUCCCGUAAAUUGGUUUUAUAGCAGCCACACAGCACACAUCUCUCGUACACGCCUACCCUCAAAUGGACUUCACAAGUUGGUGAAUCAGAUGUUUACUUACUUCAACAAUACAAUUCAAAAGCUACAUACUGUGCCUUCUCCUAACUAUCGAGAGGAGUACAUAUUUUCUUCCACAAUGUCUCAUUUUAUUAGCAAUAUUAUUUGUGUGUGUGUGUGUGUGACUCAAGUAAUAUGAUAUUUUACUUUUGAAAAGAGCCAACAACUACAGACUAAACUCAAAUAAAGCCUACGACUUCAUGGAAAAAUAAACCUGGUAAAAAUCUCACAGCCUUCACAAACCAAUACACGCUAUAAAGAUACAAAUGCAUUUGUUAGAUACAACAAUGCAACUUAAUUUUAAAAGCUUCUAUAAAAAUCUAUGUAAAUCAGAAUUUAACAACAGCUGGACUGAUCCUACAGCCUUGGUAGGCACAAUAACCCUGAAGCAAAUAUCAGCAGAUUAAAAAAUAAUCACAAAAAAAAUGAAAUCAACCAAAAAUAAAUAUUAGACACUCUUAAAAAAUAUAUGUAUUAAACACUUUGGAAGCGUUCAACUUUCCAGCUGAAAUAAUACAUUUAAUAAAAAUAUUAUAUAAAUAUCAUAAAGCAAAAAUGUACACAAAUAUUACAUUAUGUGAUGAAAUUGCACUGGCAAAUUAAACUGCUUGCAGAAAGAAUUAAGCAGGACCCAAACGUAACAGUUAUCAGUAUUGGUAAACAUGAAUAUAAACUCAAUGUAUUUGCUGGAGAUCUCCUGAUAUACCUGAAUCAUACAAAUGUUAAUAAUGGAAAUAGGAAAAAUAAUACCUCGUGCUCUACAGAAAUCCUUUCAGUGGACCACAAAAAUAUGAAAUACUUAGGAUGCUUAAUAAUAAAUAUGUAAAGGUAACUUUAUCCCAUUAUUCAACAUGAAAGCAGAACUAAUUAAAUGGAACAAUCUCACCACAAAUCUUGCAGGUAGAAUAAACCUCUUUAGAAUGGCAUGGCUCCCAAAGUUUUUAUAUUUAUUCUAGGUAAUACCAAUUACCCCACCAAAGACAUUCUUUAAAAGAGUAUUCUUGGCCAUAACAGACAUCAUAUGGGCAAAUAAAACCCAUAGAAUAAAUAAGAAAGUUUCACAUGUCCCUAAAUCUGAGGGUGGUUUUAACUUUUCAGAUUUGGAAUUGUAUUAACUUGUCACACAAGGCUUUUACUUGCGACAUAUUGUUAAAUACGCUAAAGAGGAACUAUGGGUACAUAUUGAAGAUGCACAUGCUCAUCCCCAGAAUCUUUUCAUGGGUCUAUUUUCAAAGAAUGGAGCUAAGAACAUGAACAACUUCAUAGUUUAGUACAAUAUAACAACAUAGAAGAAAGUGAAACAGAUUCUACAAGAACCAAUAUCAAUCACUCCCUAAAAAGAGACCCCUAUGGAACAAUCCUUGGAUAGCUUUUCAGAAUUUACUGAUAAAUUGGCCCACAAAUUUUAUACCACGUCAUUUCAAGCUGAUAGUUUUUGGACAUCAAAGCAAUGUUGAGGAAAUCCUAUUUGAGUCAGAAAAUGAUAUUCAUAUGAUAGGUAAGAUAUACAAAACCUUACAGAUAGCAUAUCCAACCAAUCUCUUAGAAACAAAUAUACAUUAUUGGAACCAAGACGUACAAAUAACUGAUAUUAGCACAAGAUGCAGGGAAUGUUGGAACACAACUAAGAAUUACAUUUAAUCGUUUACGUUUAAUCCACUAUAAACUAAUGUAUAGAAUUUAUAAUACAAGAAACAAUUCACAAAUUCUACAGCACGAAAGCAGUCACGUCUUAAGUGUAAAACUAACAAUGACUCAAUAAUCCAUGCCUUCUGGGAAUGCUAUAAAGUUAAAAAGUCAUGGGCAGAGUUGGCUGUCAGAAGUAUUACAAUGUAAAUGAACUUUUAAUCCAUCUGUCUGCAUAUUUCAAGACCUGGCAUAUGAGGGUGAAGUGGACUAUACUUUUCUCUUCAAUCAUUUUGAAAAAAAAAACGUCUACAUCCAUCGUUAACACAAUGGAAAAGUCAAAUGCUUUAUUAUCUAAAUGUUCAAAGUGCGUGGGUGAUGGAGGGAAAAAUUUGGUGCAGUUUGAAGCCAUGUGGCGGAGAGUGAUUUGGGUUAUGGACAUGGGGGUGUGAGCUGGUAGGUCUGGGCAGGUGUGAUGUUCUUGAUAUUUGUGUGCAUUUGUUUUGUAUUGUUAAAAAAACAAGAUUCAAGUGGUGACUAUGGCUUUUAGCAAUUAGCAACGGUCAUUGAAAUUGUUAAGUUUUUAAAAACAAUUAUAAUAAAUGCAACAGUUGGAUAAUGGAUGAAGAUACUCCCAACGUUUAGAAUUUGUAUAAUCCAUCAGAUAUUGACAACAUUUUAGUACAUAAAACAUUUUACUGGCAUGGAAAAAUAAUGGAGUUCAGUGAUUUUGAUGAAUUCAGGUAUUCAAUUUAUUGUAAAAUUUCACUUUUUUCUUAGGAUGCACUCAUAUGUACCGUUUCUUACUGUAUCAGGUCUUUUAUUAUAUUUUGUGUUCAAUAAAGAACUAUUUGUA